AGAGUAGUGCCAUUGAAGUGAGUCAUCUAACGACGUGACCUGUAGAAGUAGCACUGAAGUUCACUUAGUCGCCAAAAUCAGCUCAACAAAGUCCAGAGCGGUACACUCAUCACAGCCGUGAGUCAGUGCUAUAGGGACAGGACUAAACCUACGAGAGCACAGAGUUCACUGAAGAAAAGUAGGUGCUUCACAGAUUUUUUUUUCUUCAUUUCAUCUGCUUCUACUAGAACAUCUCAGUAGCGAUGAAUAUUAGGCAUUAGGUUUACACGGGAACAUCUAUUUAUUGGACUGUUAAAGAGACUACAGAAUUUGAGAGCGUUGACUUCUCUAAUAAUAUAAUAUUACACAGAUAUUCCUGGAUUUAACAUAAUGACCAUUAAGAAGUAUUUUGAAUAUAAUUUUUAGAUUAGGUAUAAAGGAAUCGCUUUGCUUGGAAGUGCUUUUUUGCCACUGGAGACACUGGUCGUGUGGGAAUUCAUUAUCAAGCUUCUGAAAUUUCCUCCUCUUUCUCUGGAUCAUGUACCAGGAUUACAUCGGGACAUACGACACAUCCUCCCGCGGCAGCAGCAGCUCACCGGCGCACCCGGACACCAGCCCCAUUCCUGCCUCCAACUAUCAGAAGUACAUAGUAGACAUGCCUGGCUCUAGCAGUGCCUUCAUUCCCACAAUUAAUGCCAUAACGACCAGUCAGGACCUGCAGUGGAUGGUUCAGCCCACAGUAAUCACAUCCAUGUCUAAUCCAUAUUCCCGGCCUCACCCGUACGGCCUGUCUGUGUCUAGUGGCCCGAGCCUCCUCGGUCACACAGCCCUCACACGGCCCGGGGUCAUCCGGUCCAUCGGCGACGCCCGGGGUCGACGUAAACGAGACGAGCAGCUCACCCCAGAGGAAGAAGAAAAACGGAGAGUUAGACGAGAAAGAAACAAACUAGCUGCAGCAAAAUGUCGGAACCGCAGAAGAGAACUGACCGACAUGCUUCAAGGGGAGACAGAAAAGUUAGAGGAAGAGAAGGCUGACCUGCAGAAAGAAAUCGAGACCCUGCAGAAGGAAAAGGACAAGUUGGAAUUCAUGUUGGUGGCCCACAACCCCGUGUGCAAACUGCCCCCUGAAGAACGCCAUCAAAGCUCGCACUCCCAGCAGUGUGCGCCCCUUCCUCUGACCAUGCGCUCCAACCUUGGUCCCCGGCGACCGAUGAAUACCCUGAACCCAGUGGUGGUUAAACAGGAGCCUUUGGAAGACGAUGACGAUGAGGAAGAAGGAAAAAGCCAACGUUCAGUCAUCAAGCCCAUCUGCCUAGGUGGCGGCAUGUAUUGUUCUGAUGGAGACAGCCUCAACACGCCUGUGCUGGCUAUUUCCACCCCGUUGUCCACUCCGAACAUCCCAAGCCUCAUCUUCACCUACCCCAGCAUGCUUGAGCCCGAGAGUCCUUCACCCUCAUCGGAGUCCUGCUCCAAAGCCCACCGUCGUAGCAGUAGCAGCGGCGACCAAUCUUCAGAUUCCCUUAAUUCUCCCACCCUCUUGGCACUUUGAAGGAAGAUUUGACGGUGCUCCUUUGCCAUUCUUGCAGAUCUCCAGAGCGCGCUCAGCUACGACUUCACUUCAGCAAAGCUGAGAACCCUCAAGGGCUAAUUUGCUCGUUUUAUUUAAGCGUUUCAGAAGAGAGUUUUUGUUGUAAUUUUUGUUUAAAUGUAUGUGCAAACUCAACUCGCUGUUUCGGCUACAAAUAUUCAUGAGUUUCUGGAAUGCGGAUGAAAAAAGGGGAGGAGAGAUUUCAUCUUUCAUCUUUAGAAAGACUCCGAGCAUCUUGCAGUCGGCUGCCUGUACAGAAGAGCAAGAUAUUUCCUGCUGGCUGUCUGACUAAUAAAAGAUUGGAAUUGUUUGCAAGAUCGAAUUCUUGAUAGGUACAGAAUAAGACAUUGGACACUACAGUAGAUAGCUGCCCUCAAAACAUCAUCUUUGUAUUUUUGACGUGUGAUUAUUGUCCCUUUGUGUUUUAUGUCCUGCUGUUUAUAAUAUUUAGGGUUCACUGGAUGAGCCUCACUGCUGAGUGUCGAAAGAACCAUCUUGUAUAUUAAAAUGCUGACCUUUGUUGAUAUUUUGUAUAUGCGGCACAGGCACUAAGAUAAUUUGCCAAAUUUACAUAGCUUUUGUUAUGUGAAGCAAACAAAGAAAAAAAAAACACUUUCUAGCAUCAGCGAAUCUACUGUCAGGGAUUUUUGUCUGUGUCAGUGAGCCAUACAAGCAUUACUAGAAGCAAUUGCACAGAGAACACAAUAUAACGGUGUACAUGAGGGAAACUCUAGCCAUAUUAGGCUCUGCCUCUAACCCUGACAUGGCAAUAUCGCUUUUAUUUUGGCGCACACUGUUUUUUUUAAAUAAUAAUGAUGAUUAAAAAAAAUAGUACUUUUAUAAUAUGUACUUUUAUGUCUUGAUUGGCCCUUUUUUCAGGGUACAGUUUAAACUGAAUCAUAUAUCAGCCAUAUGAGCACUUCUCCCUGAAGAACUGGUUGGCUUUUAUUGCCGCACUUGGGAACAGAUGCACUUUGUCAGCAACCUUACAAUCAAAUAAAAUGCCAUUCUUUACAGUGAUGGAAUAAACAGGGAACGCAAAAUGAUAUUGAAUGUUUGAUGCAAUAGGUGAGUGUGGUGUGCAUCAGACGCUGAAGAAAAGAUACACAUUGCAAUAUUUCUUGAAAAACAUUCCAUGGAAAAGAAGACUUCAGUGAGAUCUCAAGGUUACUGUUGCUACAGUCAGAUAAUAACUGAGGGUGAAUGUGAGUAUUUUGUUGUACAGGAUGCAGCAAACUGAAACAAAAAAACAAAACAAAACAAAACAAAUGUGGCUUCUAUUUGAAGGACUUUGUUGCUUUAUUUAUGUCAGGAACUUUCAAGGAUCUAGGAGAUAAUUUCAGUGUUCGUUUUAUUGAGUAUGAGAGAUUCUAGUUUUGAAAACCAAUUUAAUACCAAAAAAAGGAAAAUGUUUAAGGACUGUGUGCUGUAAACCGUUCUCUGUUGGUUUUUGAACCCUGUGUAAUUUGAGCAAGCCGUCUGUACAGCUUUCUGCACAUGUCCUGCUUAUCAGUCUGUUCUCUCUCUCUCUCUCUCUCUCUCUCUCUCUCUCUCUCUCUCUCUCUUUAUAUUGCUUUUACUGUUGAAAGACAGGAAAUAACCUACAAAAACAGCAAUAUGUAAGGCAGUGUUGUUCCUUUGGUAAUUUAAAUUUAUUAUAAUGAUAAUAAAAACAUUUCCAAAGUGGUA